CGGAUUUCUUGGAUCAGCGCUGUCGUCCUUUCCGCGUGCCAGGGAGGAGGUGGUGCAGCGCCGAUCAAAGCAAUCCGCGCGGAUGACCUAACAUCUAUGUUUAUGUUGUUGUAGUGGUUGUUCUUCUGGAGAUGCAGAUUUGUGUUGGCAAUUUGGUCGGUCUGCGACCAGCUUGGUUCACGCUGCACUGGUCGACAGGGCAUUGCACAGGCGUUCGAAUGUGAGUCGCCGGAACUUAGAUAGGACACCUCGACAUUGACAUCUAAUCACCCCGGCUCUGCGGUGUGCGACGUUCUGGUUGAUCUGAUCGCGACAGGGGUCGCAAUCGGCAGCAGUGGUCCUAGGAUUUCAGUCGGUGGGCCUCUGGUCGGAUCAUGCGCUCGGGGGUGGCCAUCCCCCCCACGCGAGGUCGAAGACUGAGGUCGGAGUUGUGGUGCAUUUCUGCUGGCUCCGCCAUGGUGCUCACGCUGGCAGGCUCGCUGAAAACCGUGCUCUUCGUUGUCCUCACGGCCUUGGCCACCGGCAGCCCGCUGUCUCCGGAGGCCUCCGUGGGGUCGGUGCUCGCCGCGUUCGGCGUGGCCCUCUUCAAGCUGGGCAGGCCUCGCCCGCCGCGACGAGGCGCGGCCGUGUCCGAGCGCGUGGAGAUGCAGCAGGGCCUCGUCGCCGCCGGGGGAGCCCCUCCGGCGGCCGCCGCCCCUGGCGCUGGCUGAGGCGGCCCGCCAGCGCGCUGCACCGGAAAGAGGCGCUGCGGGACCCGCGCUGCCCCGGGGGCGGCCAGGGAGGGGGCCGAUGCCUCAUUUUGGAGGCGUGCGGAGAUCAUGGCGGCGGCCAUGAUAUCUUCCUGCAUGUCAUGGCCCCCGUUCUUAC